AUGGCCGAGGCGGAGACUGGCAUCUUGGCGGGCUUCUUGCCAGACCUGGCCAAGAAUAUCUCCGAAAGUGUGGUCGAUGUCACAGGCGAGGUGGAAAAUGCUCUGCACCAGAAACUGGAGUCGACAGGCAGCAAGAAGAAGCAGGCAAGGCAGCUGAAUGCUGUCGCCAAGGGCUCUGGGAAGUACAUGUCCAAGGUUCAUCGUGCAUUCGAGAAGAAUUUCGACAAGUUCGAGCUGUAUGUGCGGCGCAACAUUGUGUCGGUGCCGGAGGCUCUAGCGGACGAAGUGGCUCAGAUUCGAGCUGAGAGGCACAAGGAGAAUGGAGGAGAGAAGGCAGCAGUACCAGAAGAGGAGGAGGAUGCCUCGCUGUCGAAUGAGGAGAGGGAGGAACGCCGUUUGGAUGCACAGCUCGAAGCUCUGCGACUGAAGCUACGGGAGCUCACAGCAUCGAACCAAAGUUUGGAGCUCGAGCAGAAGGCGCUGGACCAGCGCACCCAGCAGUUCCAGGAAUACGUAUCACAAGUCUCAUUUCUAGAUGACAUGCCAGAGCGGGCUAUCUCCCCAUUGAAGCGCACGGCAGAGCACAUUUCGGCCCUCCACGAGGCCUUUUUGCAGAUGGACAGUAUUCAGGCAGCAUUGGAAGAAGACUCGCGCCAGUUCAAGCGGUCCAAGGUGACAACUCGCGGCAGCUUCCGGAAUCUGCACAAGCGGUUCACGGCAAGAGCGUCAGAAAUGACGUACCGAACGACCGAAGAUCUCGAAGAUCUCCAUUCCAAACUAUUGACCAUGUAA